UGCGUGACACUUCGAUAAUCACUUUAGUCGGGUCAUACCUGUCAACAACACACUUUAGGCACCGAGAGCGAAAUCGUAUCCGAAAUGUCUAAGCCAAACAACCUCGCAAAAAAGUUUGGCCCUCCGACCAUGGAACUGAAGAAGGAGAACCCGGAGAAAACCUACUCGUUUAAAGGGGAGCUGGCGAGGGGCAAGUAUGCCGUCAUCAAGAGGUGCCAGGAAACCAAAACUAAAAAGAAUCUCGUUGCUAAGUUAAUCAAGUAUGACAAAGACACUGAGAAGAUCGCUGUUCAGGAGUAUGAGAUUAUGAAGGAUCUGAAGCACGAUAGAUUAUUGACAGUCCGUGACGCAUUCCAUGUCAGGAAAUAUGUCGUAAUUAUGAUGGACAUAGUUGAGGGAAAGAAUUGCCUGGAGUUCCUUGGAGACAAGCCCCGGGCGAAUGAGGAAGACGCAGCAUUCGUCAUGCGACAGACUCUCGAUGCGCUUAAGUAUCUUCACAGCAACAACAUCGUGCAUUUGGACGUCAGACCCGCGAACUUGAUGGUAAAGAAAGACUACACCUUAAAACUGAUCGACUACGGAUGCGCUCGUAAGAUCACUAAUGAGGGUGGCGACCUCGUUGAUGCGGUCGGAGUUACCGAGUUCGCAGCUCCCGAGCUUCUGUCAAUGGACCCCGUGAAUGGAGCAGCUGACAUGUGGAGCAUUGGCGUCCUUAUGUACAUCCUAUGUACCGCCACUCUCCCCUUUACCUCCGAUGACGAGGACGAGACCAUGCAGGCUGUGAUCGCUGUUGACUAUGACAUGUCCGCGGACAAAUUUGGCAAGACCACCGACGAGGCUAAGGACUUGAUCAAGAAGUGUCUUGUACGAGUGCCCACUAAACGCCCUACCGCCAACCAGGUCCUUGAGGGUGAAUGGCUUUCGAACUCCAAUGCGCAGAAGAGGAAGACUACAGACAUACCUUCGUCCAAGUUCAAGGCCCUCAACCAAACCCUGACUGAUGAGGAUAAGGACGAAGCAGUCGUGGCAUCGUGCACCCUGCGAGGAUUUGACGAGGAGGAAUACGAGUCUCCGGAUGAAGACGAAGAAUAGACCCCCUCCCUGUCGGUUGUCGGACUCGACUAAUAGGAACACUCUUAAAAUUCUCCUUCCUGCUAGAAUGUAAUGUCACUAAUAGACCGGAUAUCUGUAGGUUAUUAGACGUGUUGUUGAAAUCAGUUAACAGGUUGUGCAGUUGUGAGGAUUGCCGCGGAAUCAGAAGUGGCAGAUGAGGUCAAUAAAGGACUUAAACCGU